AUGUCCCUCGUCUCCUGCACGCGCCGCCAGGCGUUUCGCGUGCUCUUCCAGACACGGAGCUAUGCUGCGAAGCCAGCCAAGGCCGCUGAGCCGGCACCCGCAGCACCCAAGUCGUCCUGCCCAGCAGACACCGUGCUUGUGGGCUUGAACUAUCUGAAGGGCCAGCCGCCAGUGCUGGCUAAGCCGGACGAGGAGUACCCAGAGUGGCUGUGGACAAUAUUGGAGCCCAAGGUGCACGACGACCCGCGGAAGGCACUGCGUGCGAAGAGGCGGAUAGAAACUAAGCAGAGGAUCAAGGACGAGAAUUUCAUGUCUACCCAAUGA